AUGGAUCCUCUAUCGAUCAUCGCCAGUAUUGCAGGCAUUGCAACUGCGGGCACGUCGCUCUCAAAAGCGAUCUACCAUUUUAUCUCAUCGACGCGCGGUGCCUCGCGUGAGAUGGCAGACAUAGCCGCAAUAUCUCGGAUCUGUCUUGCAUUCUUUCAGAACUUCGCCGGAUGGAGCUUCAAGCGGUCAGAAGUGCAGUACAAGCUCACACUGAUUGAGAGCCAUAAGACUGCUAUUCAGUUGAUGCUCAACAUUCCGAUCCUUGCAGCGACAACAAGAAAGGAAGCACAAUCCCAAGUCACUCAGCCAGAUUCCGCCAGCGAAGGCAAGCAGAAAGAACCAGAGUCAGAGAUUCCCCUCCUCCGCCAGCAAUCAGAGAAUCUCGCCUACGCAGCCUCCCACUGUAUGGUUGACCUCUCAGAUAACGAGAGCUUUGAGACUAGCCAAUCAUCAAGUCAACCAAAGACCGAUUCCGAUAGCGAGAUUGACGAUGUUACAGGGCAGGUUCAGGUCCAUGGGCAUGGGUCAUCUGACGGGACAGGCCGAUGGCUCUUUGAACUUAUUUUCGAAAGCUCUUAUAAACACAGAGAAGGCUCAGAGACUCAAGAAGAACAGGAUACUGUCAAAGGACAUGAAGGCUCAGCGUUUGAUAGAACGGCUCUUGCAGUGCGAACGCCAGCAGAAUUACACAUAGCCAUUUACGAACCUGGAGCAGGUCAACUUCUUGUCGAAACACUUCUAGCGGACUGGACAUGUCUGUCCAAAGACGAGAUCACAGGAAACAUAGGCAUUGAAGACAUGAUCAAACAAGCGUUCAUUUGUCUUGAAGUGGUUUAUGCUCGUCAUUAUGAUCUCAUGGAUUUUGACGGCAACCUGAUAGAUCCAUCAAGGUGGGAGAGCACCGUAGAGCCAGGAAUGCAAGUUGUAAUGACCAUGUGGCCUAUGAAUAAGAACGACAAGCCGAAACCGAAUCUGGAAAAGGAGAGGACUAAGGUCCCUGGAAGAAGGCGAGAGAAGCUUGAAUCGAAGAAAAAGAGCGUUAAUCUUGGUUAUCUCUUCGGAGGCCAGACGACGAAAGCUAGCCGAAGUUCAUAA